CUGCUAAAAACCCCACGGCUCACCUGAAGCAUCCCAUCAGACGCUCUAUGGACUCACCCCUCAGCCUUUGCGCCAGUUAUUGGAACUUUCAUUAAAGGCAACCAAAGCAGUGCGACGGUUGCAGCAAUAAAGGGCAGAGUUGGAGCUCGUCUACUGGCUCCUCGGUCCCUCUGCUCAGUGGUGCUGAUGAGAGACGCUCCUUCGCCACGCCCCGCCUCCAGUGAGAGAGCAGGGGAUGACAGCGAUGCAAGGCGUGCUUCCGAGGAGCCUGCAGCCUAUCCAGACGCCGCCGACCGGACCAGUGUGGACUAGAGAUUACUCCCGGGCUACAACUCACGGCUCAGCUCGGAGUUCGCUUUGGGGACAUUUUAAACAGGAGUCGCUCCAAAACGAGAUUUCUUUUGUUUUUUUGUUUUGCAUUUGUUUGAUUGAUUUGGCCGUAGUCGCUCCCAAAGUAGUAGUAGUACGUUCGUCCAAAUGUUUCUCCAGCCAGUGAAGUCCUCAUAACCGGUGGUUUUACCGCGCUGGUUUUACUGGGAAACGUUGCACGGGGAAUAUUUUACUCACAUUCAUCUUCUUCAACGUCUUCGUCCAAUUUUCUCCCCCCCCCCCCCCCACAAUGGCUGAUGCGAACGCGGAAUGCAAUAUCAAGGUGUUGUGUCGAUUCCGUCCAUUAAACCAGUCCGAAAUCAUCCGAGGAGAUAAGUUCAUCCCAAUAUUUCAAGGAGAAGACACAGUCAUCCUCGGGGGGAAGGCGUACGCGUUUGACCAGGUGUUCCCCACCAACGCCACGCAGGAGCAGGUCUACAGCUCCUGCGCCAAGCAGAUUGUCAGAGAUGUGCUGGGUGGAUACAACGGGACCAUCUUUGCCUAUGGGCAGACGUCCUCAGGAAAGACACACACCAUGGAGGGGAACCUUCACGACCCCCAGGGAAUGGGGAUCAUACCCAGGAUAGCCGAGGACAUAUUCGAACACAUAUUUGCCAUGGACGAGAACCUAGAAUUCCACAUAAAGGUAUCCUACUUUGAGAUCUAUUUGGAUAAAAUCCGGGACCUGCUCGAUGUGACAAAAACCAACCUGUCAGUGCAUGAGGACAAAUAUAGAGUUCCGUAUGUGAAGGGCUGCACCGAGCGCUUCGUCACGAGCCCCGAGGAGGUGAUGGACGUGAUAGAUGAAGGGAAGGCCAACCGCCACGUCGCCGUCACCAACAUGAACGAGCACAGCUCGCGCAGCCACAGCAUCUUCCUCAUCAGCAUCAAGCAGGAGAACGUGGAGACGGAGCAGAAGCUGAGCGGGAAGCUCUACCUGGUCGACCUCGCUGGCAGCGAGAAGGUCAGUAAGACGGGUGCGGAGGGAGCGGUGCUGGAUGAGGCCAAGAACAUCAACAAGUCUCUGUCGGCCCUGGGGAACGUCAUCUCGGCGCUGGCCGAAGGAACGAAGUCCCACGUGCCGUACCGUGACAGCAAAAUGACUCGCAUCCUCCAGGACUCUCUGGGCGGGAACUGCCGCACCACCAUGUUCAUAUGCUGCUCCCCCUCCAGCUACAACGACGCAGAGACCAAGUCCACCUUGAUGUUCGGCCAGCGUGCCAAGACCAUUAGAAAUACUGUAUCGGUGAAUCUGGAACUCACGGCGGAGCAGUGGAAGAAGAAGUACGAGAAGGAGAAGGAGAAGAACCGGUCAAUGAAAGAGAAUAUUCAGAAACUGGAGGCUGAGCUGAACCGCUGGAGGAACGGUGAGUGUGUUGCUGCGCCGGGUCUGCAGAGUCAGGGGCCGAACGAUGCCCCCUUGCCGUCUCCAGAAGCCAAGGAGCCGCUCCUUGACAUGUGCAGCCCCUGCAGCCCCUGCUCCGUCGCCUCCUCCAUCGUCGUACGCAUCUCGGAGGAGGAGCGUCAGAAGUACGAGGAGGAGAUCUGCAAGCUCUACAAGCAGCUGGAUGACAAGGAUGACGAGAUCAACCACCAGAGCCAGAUGGUGGAGAAGCUGAAGAAGCAGAUGCUCGACCAGGAGGAGCUUCUAGCAUCGUCCAGAGGAGACAGCGAGAAGGUGCAGGCGGAGCUCGGCCGGCUGCAGAGGGAGAACGAGUCCGCCAAGGCGGAGGUGAAGGAGGUGCUCCAGGCCCUGGAGGAGCUGGCUGUGAACUACGACCAAAAGAGCCUGGAGGUGGAGGAGAAGAGCGUGCAGAACAAGCUCCUGGCUGGGGAGCUCUCAAAGAAAAUGGCUCACCUCCUGGGUCUGGAGGCCGAGCUGUCCCGCAUCCAGGAGGUCAGCAGCCACCAGAGGAAACGCAUUGCAGACAUCCUCAAUGGGCUCAUGAGGGACCUGAGCGAGUUCAGCACCAUCGUUGGAAACAAGGACAUCAAGCUGCCCGCGGAGAUGACGGGGGCCGUGGAGGAGGAGUUCACCGUGGCGCGGCUCCACAUCAGCAAGAUAAAGUCGGAGGUGAAGAGCAUGGUGAAGCGCUGCCGCCACCUGGAGAGCCUCCAGACGGAGUGUCACCGCAAGAUGGAGGAGACGGGCCGGGAGCUGUCCUCCUGUCAGCUCCUCGUUUCGCAGCACGAGGCCAAGAUCCGCUCGCUGACGGGCUACACGCAGGACGUGGAGCUGAAGAAGCGGCAGCUGGAGGAGCGCUACGACUCUCUGAGCGAGGAGGUGGCCAAGCUUCGGGCUCAAGAGAACGUGUCACACGUGAGCGGGAGGCAGAAUCACCCCUCCGUCCAGGAUUCCUGCAAUAUAAAGAGGGCUCUGGAGCAGCAGAUGGACUGGCACCGUGAGGCGCACAGCAAACAGCUCGGCCGCCUCCGAGACGAGAUCAAUGAGAAGCAGAGGAUCAUCGACGACUUAACUGACUGUAACCAGAAGCAGCAUCUGGAGCUGGAGCAGCUGCGUGACCAACACCAGCGUCUCAGGAUUCAGGAGCGACACCGGAGCCGGCAGCUGGAGGAGCUGACCUUUCUCCACGAGCGGCACGAGCAGUCAAAGCAGGACCUCAAGGGACUGGAGGAGACGGUUGCUCGUGAGCUCCACACGCUGCACAACCUCCGGAAGCUCUUUGUUCAGGACCUCACGACUCGAGUUAGAAAAAGCGCGGAGAUGGAGCCUGACGACACCGGAGGAUACAUCACCCAGAAGCAGAAGAUUUCCUUUCUGGAGAACAACCUGGACCAGCUCACCAAGGUUCACAAGCAGCUGGUGCGCGACAACGCGGACCUCCGCUGCGAGCUGCCGAAGCUGGAGAAGCGCCUGCGCUCCACGGCCGAGCGGGUCAAGGCGCUGGAGGGGGCGCUGAAGGAGGCCAAGGAGGGGGCCAUGAAGGACCGCCACCGCUACCAGCAGGAGGUGGAGCGGAUCAAAGACGUGAUGAGGGCGCGCCACCCGUUCCGCCGGCCGCACGCGGCUCAGAUAGCCAAGCCCGUGCGUCCGGGCCACUACCCGGCCUGCUCUCCCACCAGCCCCCUCUUCAUCCGCGGCUACGGCGAGCACGCGGCUGCCCUCUGCAAAGCCGCCUUCCACAACAGCAACAGCCAGGGGGCGGCGCCCGCAGCGCCCGCAGCGCCCGCAGAACCCGCAGCGCCCGCAGAACCCGCAGAACCCGCAGCGCCCGCAGAACCCGGGAGCCGGAAGCGCAUCCCGACGGAGGCCGACUCCAACCAGAACGGCGCACACGACACCGACGUAGAGAACAACACGCUUUCGGCUGAACCAACAAACCAAGGGUCCGACACCACAGACGAGAUGCUCGAUUCAGAAAAUGGUACAGUAUCACACCGGCGAGGCCUCGAGGACGCUGCUCCUUCUGCGUCUCCGCCGGCUUUACUUUACACCCGCGUCCGUGACAAAUCCACCGCUUCCACCGCCUCGCCCUUCACACCUGCACCUGCCUGCCUCCUCAUGCACCUUUCUCUGCCCACAGGUAACACCACCGAUAUCAAUGACAACAGAACUGACGUCUGUGACAAUCAGGACCCAGCGAAGCUCUACUGCCUGCGUGCAGAGGCAUCAGCCAGCUAAUAGUCCUGACCAGGCUGACGCUCUUUCCGAGGCUUCCUCUGUAAAUCUGCAUGCAGUCGAGCACCGUCCCCCCAGACCUCCCCCGCUCCUCCUCCCUCACCUGCUGUGACCAGACCCCCAUCCCGUGUCCUUCUGUUCCCCCUGCUUGCUCCUCUUCCGUCCUCCCUCCGUCCUCUUGCUCUGACGUGUUGGUGUCAGUUUGACGAGCACUGUAGAUCUGACGCCUCGUCCGGCAGCUUACCUCUAAUUUGCUGCUGCGGCCACUUUCCCAUCACUCUGAAACACUAAAAGGGACCAAAAAUGGAGAGGUGCUGAAGAAUGUGUGCAGUACUGCAGGUAACCACUAGUUUGCGCUGUUGGGCUCACUGACAGAAUCACUGACCAUUUGAUGAAUCGCUUCAUGUUUCUACUUCCCCUUCUUUGUUCUUCCUCUGGUUUGUUUUUCUGGCCACUUAUUUCCCAUCUUUAACCUAAGCUAUGUGACAGGCUGAGAGUGUAUAACUGGAAAUGUAAACAGCAAUACUUCCAUCUGUUUCUUAUUAUAGAGGAUAUGAAUAUGACGUCAGAAUGCAAUUAUCAGACAGACAGUGGAUGCAUGUUCUGUGAGGAUCUCACACCAGCUGCCUUUAAUUCCAGCUGGUGCUGUAUGUUGAUGAGCUGUGAGAAGUGAUAAUCCAUUUCAGUCCAAAUGAUCAAGGACUGCUCUACUGGGGAAGUGAUCAAUGCGCAGGCUCUCUGUUCUUCCACUUUCCAUGACCGAGUCUGUUUCUACCGAAGAUGCAAAUGUUCCCACAAACAUGAAACCUGCACUUUACCUUUUAAAGUGAGCUUUGAAACGCACUGCAGAUGAAUGGAUCACUUCUGUCCAUCACAUCCUGUAAUUGCAGUAUGAAAUUUUAGAAAGGCAUAUGUAGUCAUGGUAACAGUGCAGCUGAUUAUUGCUCACAUUCGGGCCACUGUUGCCACGUAGGCAGGUAAAGCAACUCACAAUGAACAGACCAACUAAAAUGCAAAACACUGGCCAAGCCCUGAUUAGGAUUUGUCUCAUCUCAACCUAUUUCCUGAUAACAAAAAAGGUGGAAAAGGUGACUACACAUAUACAUUUACAGUAUGUAGACCCUGAAUGAGCACAUGAUGGGAAUGUUUUGUACUUUGGUACCUUUGCAGGGUGUUGUAUAUUUCAGACACCUACAUCCCAUAUUUCCAUGUCAUCUGCAUAUAAUGUAAAUGGUGAAUGGUUCUCGAUGCCUCGGUUUGUUCUGGUAUGAAGCACAGGACAAAGCUGAACCGAAUUUACCCAAUGAGGAAGUGGGAACCGCUGUCUGAAAUAGAACGAUCAAAUAUUCAGUGGUUAACUGCAGCUGCAGCAGCAUGUCUUGCCUUUUGGGUCGCACCAUGUUGUCUGACAAGCACCUUCUUCUGCACACAAACUAGAGGCGAACUUGUGAAUGUUGACUACGUUUUGGUAAAAGACUUUAAACCUGUAAAUGAUCCCUAAGAGGACGAUCAUAUGUGAGCUGGGCCGUCAUUGUUGUCAUCCAAGAGCAUGGCAGAGUAAAAAAGAAGUGUGUAGCAACUAUUUUUAUACUGCAAAUUCAAGUUAAAUAAAUAUAUAUUACUCAUCCUUUGCUGUAGUUAAGAUGGGUUUUCAUUAGAUAUUUAUUUACUGUGUAGCAGCUGCUGAGUGUGAAGCAUGUUUCCAUGGUUAAAUGUGUCAUGUGUGUCUUAUGCUGCUGAAUGUCAGUGUUCGUUGCUCAUUCCGUCACUGAAUGAAAUCAUUUAAAACUGAAGUGUGUUCAUGAACGAGCUCCCGACUGAAGCCAAAGCUCUGACCGUGCACUCACGCAGCGGUUCUUGCUCUAUAGUAGCCUCUAAACUCGAUGGAGUUUAACCUGGUGAACCCAGGUUUACUGUAGGUUAUCAGGACCUGAUGCAGCUCCGUCUUAGCGCACGCAGAUACAGAAGCACCUCGUCAGCCAAUGAGCCGUCCGUCCUUUGACCCCGAGCUACAGAUUUAAGUUGGGUGCAGCCCGAGUUAUCUCAGCAGAUAAGUUGAUUGAGUGACUGUCCGGGACAUUGAUGUCAGUCGCUCCACGCCGCCUCUCCAUGUUGACCUCCUGAUCAGCCAGUCAGGAUGAAAGAGUCAAGGGUGACAGUGGAGGGACCAAGGCUUGGUAUGUUUGUAUGGCAUUCAAUACAGCGUGUAGAUUUAGGGGAAGAAGUAAAACUCUAUAUUGAGCAUUAUCUCAUUUAAACAAAUCAGUUCUGUAUCUGACAGACAGAUGUAACAGAUAGUACACAGGUCAGUAUAUGUUCCUCUGCAUAUGCAAGACCAUGCAAAUUUGUGAUUAACCUAUAGUAAAUUAAAUGCCAGAUGUGAAUUUGUUUUAACUACUCAAGGUUGGAACAUUUCUAAUAUUUUAACAUCAGACUUAAAACAUUCCUCUUUACCAGUAAUUCACUAAACACCAAAUAACUUUGUUUUGUAUCUGCAUUUGUUUUUAUCACAGCAAAGCUGGUGCAGGCUUUAAUUCAGUAGCUUAGAUUUUGUUAUUUGCUAAAUGACCACCACCAUGUUUUGUCACUGUGUUGCAGCUUAUUAUAAACUGAUGAUCCAUUUGUUAUUGUUUCUUUUAACAAUUGUGUAAGUGUCCAAUGCAGCAGCUGUUCAGUUUGACUGUCUCUAAACCGUAAAAGAAAGGCCGCUGAACUUCAGAGACCUCCACGUUAUCACUGGAGCUGUGUUUUGAUAACCUGUCGAAACCACGUGUUGAAUGUGAAAGACCUCUUUUCUGUUGUGACAUGUAAAUAGAUGUUCUCCUGACAUGCACUGUGGUUGUAUACGGAGAUGUAAAUGUUUGAAUGACUGAGUUAUUUUCUAAAUGAUGUGUCUAAUUGUUCCAUUUGUCUAAUUUGUAAUUGUACCUGAAACUAUUCUGGGAGGUCAAAUAGCCAAAAUAUGCAAAAAUGACUCUGUGGUUAAAAAAGAAAGAUGGGGGAAAAUUGUUUGUACAAUUGUGUAUUUGUUUCUAGUGUGUGAUGUAGUGCAUGCAGUACUCUCUUCUGUAGCUGCUGAGAAACGGUACUGUUCAUUUCAAUUCAAUUCAUUUCAAUAAAGAAGUGCAAGAAAAGUUCA